CACCAUGGCAGCCCAUCAGGAGAAAAAACUUGCUCAAGAAAGAAAACACAAAAACACCCAAAAUGGUACUCAAACAUCUCAAGCCCAGUGGGGAAGAGCAUGGGAGGUGGACUGGUUUUCCUUGGCAAGCAUCCUUUUCCUGCUCAUGUUUGCACCACUGAUUGUGUAUUACUUCAUAAUGUCCUGUGACCAGUACCAGUGCUCUCUGACUGGUCCACUCCUUGACUUGCUUAUGGGGAAUAAACAUCUGUCUGACAUCUGGAACAAGACUCCUAUGCUGACCUAUAGGGCUGCUGGCAUCUACACCCUUUGGGUCACUUUCCAGGUGGUUUUGUAUGUGUUUGUUCCUGACUUCUGCCAUAAAUUUUUUCCUGGAUAUGUGGGAGGUGUGCAAGAAGGAGCUGUCACCCCUGCUGGUGCAGUGAAUAAAUAUGAAAUCAAUGGACUGCAGGCUUGGAUCAUUACCCAUGUGCUUUGGUUUGCAAAUGCUUAUUACUUUCACUUCUUCUCACCCACCAUCAUUUUUGACAACUGGAUUCCUCUCCUGUGGUGUGCCAAUAUCCUGGGAUAUGCAGUUUCCACGUUUGCAAUGAUUAAAGGCUACCUUUUCCCUACCAAUGCCAAAGACUGCAAAUUCACUGGCAACUUCUUCUAUGACUACAUGAUGGGGAUUGAAUUUAACCCUCGAAUUGGAAAGUGGUUUGAUUUCAAGCUGUUCUUCAAUGGACGCCCUGGGAUUGUAGCCUGGACUCUGAUUAACCUUUCCUAUGCUGCUAAACAACAGGAGCUGUAUGGUCAAGUGACUAACUCCAUGAUCCUUGUCAAUGUCCUGCAGGGUAUUUAUGUUUUGGACUUCUUCUGGAAUGAAGCCUGGUAUUUGAAAACCAUUGAUAUCUGCCAUGAUCAUUUUGGAUGGUAUUUGGGCUGGGGAGAUUGUGUUUGGCUGCCUUACCUCUAUACUUUGCAGGGUCUGUAUUUGGUUUACCACCCUGUCCAGCUGUGCACAGCCAAUGCCAUUGGGAUCCUGAUGUUGGGCUUGGUUGGCUAUUACAUCUUCAGAAUGACCAACCACCAGAAGGACCUUUUCCGUCGUACAAAUGGCAACUGCAAGAUCUGGGGGAAGAAACCAGAAUACAUCGAGUGCUCCUACAUGUCUGUGGAUGGGACCAAGUACUACAGCAAACUGCUGACCUCAGGGUUUUGGGGGUGGGCACGUCAUUUUAACUACACAGGAGACCUCAUGGGCUCACUGGCCUACUGCCUGGCAUGUGGCUUUGAACACAUCUUGCCUUACUUCUACAUCAUUUAUAUGACUAUUCUGCUCAUCCACCGGUGCCUUAGGGACGAGCACCGUUGUUUCAGCAAGUAUGGGAAGGACUGGAAGCACUACACUGCUGCAGUGCCUUACAGGCUCCUACCAGGAGUGUUUUAA